ACGCUCUCUCUAUCCACCUUAGCCCUGUAGGUGAGCACUGGCUGUCGGUAAAGGAAGGGGGAGGGGGAUGCUGCAAGACAGAAAGUGGCUUGGGAGCUGCAGUCUGUCCAGGAAGAAAUCAAGCUUCAGAGAAGGUAGACAGAAGGCUGCUGUUAUCAAGCUCCCCUCCUCCUAUCUCUCAUUCAUACCCCACCCCCUCUCCCUGUCUCUUUAAGCCUCUCCCCUCUAAGUCAGUGCGAGGGAUUUCUCAGCUGGGAUACGUUUAUUUCCUGCUUUUUUUUGGAGUAACCCAGGGAUCUGAGGCAUGAAGGGCUGGUGGGGUAUGGAGCAUGUACAGUAACAGCAGCAUCACAACAUUAUUCGCCGUCAGAUCUGCCCCUGUUGCGUGUUGUUUUCCAGGCAGGAUUUUGUAUGCAGUUUGGUGUUUUUAGCCAUCAAACACACAAGGGUUGAAAAUGACAGAAGACAGCUCACAGGUUCCCAAAGAAUUAAUAGAGAGCAUUCGAGAUGUUAUUGGAAGAAAAAUUAAGAUUGCUGUGCGAAAGAAGGUAAAACUUGAGUUCAAGGGCGAUAAAGUUGAAAACAAAGUUCUGGUCCUAACAUCAUGUCGCGCCUUUCUCUUGACUGCACGGGUUCCCACCAAGCUUGAACUAACCUUCAGUUACUUGGAAAUUCAAGGAAUGAUUUGCAAUAAACCCGGACAACUGGUAGUCGAGACAGAAAAAUGCAACAUAUCUAUGAAGAUGGCUUCAUCCGACGAUGUGAACGAUGUAAUGGCACAUAUAGGAACAUGCCUCCGUAAGAUAUUCCCGGGGUUGUCACCUGUGAAAAUUAUGAAGAAGGUAACCAUGGAACCGUCAGACAGAUUAGCAACUUUGCAGGCACUGUGGGACAACCAGACAGUGACAGAAGUUGGUCCAUGUGGGGGGUUUUCUCAGAUGUACGCUUGUGUUUGUGACUGGCUUAGUUUACCGUACAGGGAAGAGGUGCAGUGGGAUGUAGAUACAAUAUAUUUAACGCAAGAUACACGGGAGUUGAAUUUACAAGACUUCAGUCAUCUUGACCAUAGAGAUUUGAUCCCUAUUGUAGCUGCUCUGGAAUACAAUCAAUGGUUUACAAAGUUGUCAGCGAAGGAUAUGAAGCUGUCCACUGAUGUCUGUGAUCAGAUUCUCCGUGUUGUGAGCAAGUCCAGUCGACUAGAAGAAUUGGUUCUAGAGAAUGCAGGGCUCCGAAUAGAUUUUGCACAGAAGUUAUCCAGUGCCCUAGCACAUAAUCCAAACUCAGGACUUCACACUAUAAACCUUGCCAGCAACCCACUCGAGGAUAGAGGUGUAUCUUGCUUAAGUAUUCAGUUUGCCAAACUCCCAAGAGGACUGCAGUAUUUAAAUUUAUCGAAAACCUCAAUAUCACCUAAAGGGGUGAAUAGCCUCUCCCAGUCACUAAGUGCUAACCAGAUGAUUGCAAGCACGCUCAUUCACCUUGACCUCUCAGGGAAUAUUCUUCGUGGUGAUGAACUCUCAUACCUGUAUAAUUUUUUGGCCCAGCCGAAUGCCAUUAAGUUCCUGGAUUUAUCUAACACCGAGUGUGCCAUGGACACGGUUUGUGGAGCACUUCUUCGGGGUGGUCUUCAACAUCUGGCUUCAUUGAAUCUCUCCAAAACAUUUUUUUCUUACAGAAAAGGAAAGGAGGUGCCGCCAUCAUUUAAGCAGUUCUUCAGCAGCUCUCUUGCAUUAACGCACAUCAACCUUUCUGGUACCAAGCUGCCCCCAGAGCCUCUUAAGGCUCUAUUACUUGGCUUGGCCUGUAACCCCAAUCUGAAAGAUGUGUCUUUAGAUCUCAAUAACUGUGAGUUAAGGUCGGGUGGAGCCCAAGUUUUGGAAGGUUGCAUAGCUGAAAUUCAUAACAUCACGAGCCUUGAUAUUUCUGAGAAUGGUUUAGAAUCUGAUCUUUCAACCCUCAUAGUCUGGCUCAGUAAGAACAGAUCUAUAAGACACCUGUCUUUAGGGAAAAACUUUAACAACAUGAAAUCCAAAAAUAUUGUCCCUGUUCUGGAUAACCUGGUCCAUAUGAUACAAGAUGAAGAAUCACCUUUACAGUCAUUGUCUCUGGCAGACUCUAAACUGAAGAUGGAUGUCACAAUCAUUAUAAAUGCUUUGGGGAGCAAUACAUCUCUGACCAAAGUAGAUAUCAGUGGAAAUGGUAUGGGAGAUAUGGGAGCCAAGAUGCUGGCAAAAGCAUUGCAAAUAAACACCAAGUUAAGAACAGUGAUUUGGGACAAGAACAAUAUUACAGCCCAGGGAUUCCAAGAUAUAGCAGUUGCUCUAGAAAAGAAUUACACCUUGAGGUUUAUGCCCAUCCCCAUGAAUGAUGCUGCCCAAGCACUGAAGACUAACCCGGAAAAAACUGAGGAAGCCUUACAAAAGAUAGAAAAUUAUUUACUGAGGAAUCAUGAAACAAGAAAAUACCUGCAAGAGCAGGCGUACCGUCUGCAACAAAGCAUUGUCACUAGCACCACGCAGCAGAUGAUUGAUCGUAUGUGUGUCAAAGUCCAAGAUCACCUAAACUCAUUAAGGAACUGUAGUGUAGAUUUUAUCUUGGAUGAUGUCAAAUCAGCAGAGAAACUAAUGAAAGAUGCCAAAAACUCAAGAACUCUUCUGCCUAAUUUGUACCAUCUUAGUGGAGUUUCUAUGGCUGAAGCCAGUAGUUUGCCAAGUCCAAUUCAAGAAACUCUAGAAUCUAUGGCAGGAGAAGUCACCCGAGUGGUAGAUGAACAGCUGAAGAUUCUACUUGAAUCAAUGGUUGAUGCAGCUGAAGAUCUAUGUCCAACAGUAAUGAAAAAAGCCCACAUUCGUCAGGACCUCAUUCAGGCCAGCAAUGAGAAAAUUUCUAUUCCUCGCAAUUUUGUGAAAAAUGUUUUACUGGAGCAAUCUGGAAUAGAUAUUCUAAAUAAAAUAAGUGAAGUGAAAUUGACAGUAGCUUCUUUCUUAUCUGACCGUAUUGUUGAUGAAAUAUUAGAUGCACUAUCUACCAGCCAUCACAAACUGGCUAAUCAUUUGACCAAUCGUGGCAAGCCACUUCCACAUCAAGAAUCCAUGGAAAUUGAAACAAUUGACGAGAAGCCAAGCAAGCGCACCACCACCAUCACUGUUGAAGAUUUAACCGAGAUGGAGCGGUUGGAGGAGCUUGACACAUGCAUGAUGACGCCAAAAUCCAAGAGAAAAAGUAUUCACAGCAGAAUGUUGCGUCCUGUUUCCAGGGCUUUUGAGAUGGAGUUUGACUUGGAUAAAGCACUAGAAGAUGUCCCUAUACAUAUUGAAGACCCACCAUACUUCUCUAACAAACAGGAGAAACGAACGUCUAGUGUCAUUGCAGAACUGCCCUCUGAAGAAGCGAAAAAACUAGAGCACUUCACCAAACUACGUCCCAAAAGAAUGAAGAAACAGCAACCCAGCAAAGCCAAUCAGCUUGGUGCUGAAGCCCCACCAGAUGAAGAGCAGAAUGGCCUCAUGGCCAGAGUAGAUGAGGGUGUUGAUGAGUUCUUCAGCAAAAAAGUAACAAGGAUGGAUUCAAAGAAACUGUCCUUCAGGAGUGGAGAGUCUCAAGAUGGUGAAGGAGAGGAAAAAAAGAAAAGGGAAUCUAGAAAGAGUGGCUUUCUCAAUUUAAUCAAACCCAGAUCUAAGUCUGAACGUUCACAGACUGUUAUAGUCACUGAGGAACCCAGUUCACCCAGAGCCUCGGUUAAAAGUCCAACUCCUGACACUGCAAAAAAAGAGAAAUUGAUUGAUAGCAAUGGUGCUGCGAGCUCCAGCGCAAGUGCAGGGAGUAGUGGAGGUGGUAGCAGUACUGAGAGAUUGGAAGAGGUGAAAACACCAGACUCUUUAGAGGACAGUUUACCAGCUGAAGAUGGUGGAAAGGCUGAGAAGAGUGACAGCAAAGGCAGUCCACAAUCAGGAAGGAGGUAUGGUGUCCAAGUCAUGGGGAGUGGACUUCUUGCUGAGAUGAAAGCCAAGCAAGAAAGGAGAGCCGCUACUGCCCAGAAGAAAUUUGGAAAUGACAUUAGCAAUAAGGAAUCCUUUGACGUUGUGGCCAAUACUGAGAAGCAUGACAGUAGCGGAGCAGCAGCAAAGUUUCCGCUGUCACCUGCAGAGACGAGGUUUCCUCUGACCAAAGCAGAUUCCACCAAUACAUCACCAGAAAAAAACCUUAAAAGUGAACUUAAGUCAGAAGCUAGUGUAAGGUCUAAAAGUUCUUCCAGUACACCUACCAGCCCAAAACCGCCUCUUCAGUCCUCGAAACCUGUACUGACGACACGACCUGCAGUACCCAUGAAGCCAAGAAGUAGUUCACGCACUGAAGAUGUUCCUGAAUCUCCAUCCACUGUGUUCUCUCCUAAAACUACCAUGAUCCCUUCUGUAAUUAAGCGAGCGCCAUCGGAGAAGGAUAGAGAUGGUCAGAGCAGUCCUCAACCUAGACUACCCUUAGAAGAUGCAGUUCGUCCAUUUUCCGGACCUGAUGUAUUCCCAAAAAAGAGUGCCGCAGAAGAGCAUGAGCCGAAAUCAAAGCCUUCAAAUAAAGACAGUCAAAAGAGAAGCAAAUCAUGUGACUCUGGAGAGGAAGCUGAAAAAGAGUUUGUUUUUAUUUAACAUUCUGAAGGUUAUGCGAAAUCAUUUAGUUGUAUUUUACUUUAUAACUGAACCUUAAUUAGUAUAUUUGAUUAUUUUUUUUAUAGUGACCCCUUUUUACAUCUUUGUUAAAACCAGCAUUUUUGUAUGUUACUGUACUUGAAUAUCUUUGAAGAAACUACAGCAUAAUGGUCUAAAAAUAGCAAAGGAAACAUACACCUAAUAUUAAAGGGACAUUAAAGUCUUUUUUGGGGAGGGCGCAUUUGCAUAGUUUAUGCAUUGCAUAAUAUCUGCUUACAAAAAACAUUUUAUAAUCAUUUUGUUAGUCACAUAUUGCCUUGUAUUCCAUUCCAGGGACAUACCCUCCAAAUACUGUUUCUUAUGAACAGGUAUAAAUGAGCUCCUGGGCUGAUCAAGCAAUAACUGUGUAGUAUGUUGCAGGGUCAGUGUUCUAAAGUCUGCAGCAUUCUUUGACAAAUGAAAAAAAAAUACUGUUAAAUUACAGGAAAAGUAGAAAAAAAAUUAUAGUAAAAGUACAUUUCACAGAUUUUCUAACUGCAUAUAAAUAAAAAUUGUAUGGGUAAUUAUAUUUUGAAUUUAAUGUCCCUUUAACGUAGCACUGUCUAGCAAUUAAUACAUGUCCUAUAUUGCUAGAUAAACAUGUGACAAAUUCUGCACGUGCCCUCCGUAUCUAUGUAUUCUUUAUGUAUGCAAUUGCACAUUGUAAUUAUAUUAAUAGAGCACACUAAUGACAAAUGAUUUGUAUAAAUCGUAAAUAUAUAUAUAAAUCUCUAUCUAUAUAUAUUUAGAUAUAUAUAUAUAUUAGAUGAUUGGAUAUUGUUUUUACAUCCUCUGGUAGGAAGUUUUUUUUGCUUCCUCGUCUUGUACAUAAUGUAACUCUUAUUCAUGCACUUGUCAAUAAGCACAGAUUACAAGACCCCCGAAGACACAGUAAUAAUAAUCAGAUUUUUUUUAAUAGAUGUAAUUAAUUAUUUACAGACACCAAAUAUAUCAUUUAGUUACGUUUGUGGGAAUUUUUAAAUGCCGUCCUUAAGUUUUUGUCAUUAUAAUUUUUUGUUUUUAAGAAAUCAUUUUGAAAGAUAAAAAGAUUAAUCGUUGUAUAUAAAUGAAGAAAAUCUGUUUUUGAAAAUACAAUAACAUAGAUAUACACUUAUAUUAAAGGUUAUGGGGUUUUAUUCAUAUGUAUAUUUGUAUCAAUAAAAAUUUUACAUCUUUA